CCGGAACGAGGGGUUCUACUAUCAUUCGCUUUUCGCUGUCCUUGGCUUAUUUCCUACCUUUGCCUCAUCUCAACCAUUGGUUGGGACAACAUGUCGAACAAGAACAGGAUUUAUUUCUGCGUUUAUCGCCAGCAAGGCUUUGCUGGCUCGGACGGUAACCCACGCGUCUUCCACUGCGGCCUGUGGGUUGAGAGCAAGAGCAGCCGCGGCGGCGGUCACUACUUCCACGUUCAGUUCCACGGGCGUCGCCCGGUCAACCGCCCCAACUAUCCUGACGGUUGGGAGUACGGCACCUCGGUUACGCGGGAUAGAGAGGCGAACUGGCGACAGUCCAAUAACAUCAUCGGCCGAAUUUUACUCGGAAAGCUGCCUGCUGGCGUCGACGCCCGACACAUCCAUCAAAUCUGUGCCGCGGUGCGCAUGCCGCGCGAGGGGACGGACGAGAACUGCUGGGACUGGGCUCACUGGGCCAUUCGGGACAUUCAACGUCAGGGGUGGCUUCAAAGCUUCCCCUGGAGCGGCCGCGAUGGGUUUGCCGCCCGAGCCCAGCGUCAGGCUGUUAAGUGGUAUGAAGGCGACCGUGGUAGAGUCCCUGCCAACCACAAGUGGGACUACUUUGGUAUCGAGAGCGGCGGCCAUUGUGCCGUCAUGUAGGGUGUCAGGGAUUCAAGUCGAACGAUGAGUUGAACGUACGGCGUGCUGGCCAUGGUGCUACAACUUGUUGGACAUCGGUGGUGUUGAGGCAGAUAACUU